AUGGGCUGUGGUGGUUCAAAGCAGCAGGAUGUGGCCACCGGCAACACGGUGAGCACCGGCAAGCUUUCUCAAAAGGAAGCAACCGCUUCGAAGAGCAAAGCAUCCUCAACGACAACAGACGUCAGUUCGGCCGACAACAGCUCGCAGUCCAUCGUAGAGAAAGCGGAGAUGGCAGACACCAAUGGCGGCUUGCAGGGAAACGAGAAACCUACUGCUUCGAUGGUGGUGGGGGACACUGAAGAGGAGCAGCUGACAACAAAUGAGACGCCGAAUGAAUACUUAUCGCCAAGGAAGGAUGCAGAGAUAGUUGAAGCAGAGGCCGGAGGCGAAGAGGUCGACCACCUUUCGCUGAGAAAAGAUCGUGAUGCUAAUGUGGUUGAAGAGGAGGGUAUGGAGGAAGAGUUGAAAGAAACCGAGACAGAAACACAAGAGGAAGAGAAAGAGGAGGUUGACCUCAAAAAUGAUGAUGAUGGGGAUUCAAUUGGCAAAAGUUCCAAUGAUUUUAAAGAAACAUUAUCUGUCGAAGAAACGGAUGAAGGUGAAGUGGUUAUUGCAGAAAAGAAGAUUGUAGGAGAGGGUGCGCUUCUGAGUGGCUCAUCAGCUCCAUAA